ACGGCAGACCACAGAGGAGGCAGGUGUGCACAGUGACCAGGUGUGUGAGGCGGCAGGUAGCAGGCGCCAGGUGGUCACCCCGACACACAACAGGUGUGGCCACGUGGCAUCAUCAGCAGCAGGUGUGCCAUGAGGUGCCGCUACACACCUGCAUCAACACAGAAAACACAACGAGCGACGACUGGAACUACACGCUGCCCAACCUGAUGGAGGCGCUGAUGGAGGUGGGCAGCGGGCACGGACACGGCGGGGCGGCGGAGGGCAGCGGCAACCCCAUCCUGCAGGACCCCAGCAAGGAGCCCCCGCCCACCACCACGCUCUGGGGCACUCCACUCACCCCCACCCCGCCCCCCACCACCACCACCACCGCCACUACCACCACGCCCCCGCCGAUCAACAAGCCAAUAUUUCCCCUAAACUUCACACUCCGCACCACGCUAGGGACGCUGCUGAGACCCAGGCCGAAUCUGACGGUCCUGGAGCCCUUGACUGCAGGCGCUGGGGCAGGGACAAGCAUGCCGCUCCUAGAGGACGCCAGCGCGGGGACCUUAGGGAUGCUGGGGCCCUCCUCAGAUCUAGUCCUCGCCUCAGGGAAUGAUUCCUUCGUCAGUAUGGACUAUUCCUACUCCCUUGGUGUCCUCAACGAGUCUUCCCUGAACGCCACGCAGCUCCUGGCGGGGAAUGACACGCUGGAGGGGCCCCUCGUGGACACGGCGGCAAUGGUGGUCACCUCCGUCAUCCUGGGGGUCAUGAUUCUUACCACGGUCAUUGGUAACGUGUUUGUGAUCGCCGCCAUCCUGCUGGAGAGAAACUUACAGCAGGUGGCCAACUUCCUCAUCGUGUCCCUGGCUGUGGCGGACCUCAUGGUGGCCUGCCUGGUCAUGCCCCUGGGAGCCGUGUACGAGAUUAGCAAGGAGUGGAUUCUGGGCCCUGAGCUUUGUGACAUGUGGACUUCAAGUGACGUCCUUUGCUGCACUGCCUCCAUCCUGCACCUUGUGGCCAUAGCGCUCGACAGGUACUGGGCGGUGACGCAGGUGGACUACAUACACUCGAGAAACGGCACUAGGAUUGGACUUAUGAUACUGAUGGUGUGGCUGACGGCAGUGGUUGUGUCCAUAGCGCCUCUGUUCGGCUGGAGGGACCCGGACUUCUUGGUGAGAGUGAACGAACAUAAGAAGUGCCUGGUGUCCCAAGACCUCGCCUACCAAGUGUUCGCGACAAUGGCUACUUUCUACGUGCCGCUCACUGCUAUCCUCAUCCUGUACUGGAAGAUCUUUCAGGCGGCGAGGAAACGAAUUCAUAAAAGCAAGUUUGGCGGCAAGAAGGAGGGCGGCCAGCAGCGAGGCACCAACAGGAAAGGAAAGGGCCUGCGGGCGGCGGCAGGGGGGGACGCGGCUUUAUGCACGCCCCCGCCGCCAGCCACAGUGGGAGGGCCAGCAAGGGAAGCCAUCAGACCCAACGGUGUAGCGGAGCACCAGCAGACUACAGCCUUCACCACAGUGGCCAGCGGCGCGUCCCCAGACAAGUCCUCUAACAAUGGUGCGCUGUCCGUCUGCUCCCACGUGUCUGAGGUGUCGCGGCAGGAGAUGCUACCGAAGGAACCGCCGAAGAAGUCUAAGAAGGAAACACUGGAGGCGAAGAGGGAGAAGAAGGCCGCUAAGACCCUGGCCAUCAUCACAGGGGCCUUUGUCAUCUGCUGGCUGCCCUUCUUCGUGACGGCGCUGCUCAUGCCCGUCUGUCCCGGCUGUUACUUCUCAGAUGUCAUGUUCUCCAUCUUCCUCUGGCUCGGCUACUUCAACUCCACCCUCAAUCCCAUCAUCUACACCAUUUUUAGCCCUGAGUUCCGGGAGGCGUUCAAGAGGAUUCUGUUUGGCAGGAAGAACCAGAGAUACAGGCCUGGCAAGACACGAUAAGCAAGGACCCCAGCGAGCCUGCCAUCCUGCUGCCCUGCUUCACGAUAACACUGAUAAAUCGACAUAUACUUUUAAAGAUGCGAGGGAGGGAGAGUGGGAGCUAGAGAGAGAGAGAGAGAGAGAGAGAGAGAGAGAGAGAGAGAGAGUAGGGAUGACAUGUAGAGGUAUAAUAGAGAGGUGAUGAGUGUUGGUAAUACCUUUAAGAGCGGUAAGGAGAUAGUUGGCGUAGUUUUAGCAGAUUGUGUCAGUGUUUGUACCUCGUGUGACGCUUCUGUGUUGUGCUGCGUGGCGCUGUUCUGGAAACUCAAGGAAAGGUGAACAAGAGUGGGGGAAAAUGUGUACUCCAGGUAGAAAACGGUGAUUAACACGAGGAUAACAGCAGAAGAAAAGGCAAAGGAUUCUGUAAACAUGAGAGGAUAAGAUGAAAGGAAAAAGGGAAGGAAAGUUAAGGAAAAAAUAUAUAUACACUGGAAAAAAUGAUAAACAAAUAAAGGAGCAGAAAAAAAAUGAAAACUGAAAGAAAACUAUCACAGAAAAUUAUAUAAAACAGUAAGAGGAAAAGAAGAGGAUGAGAAGAAAAGGAAAAA